GAAGAAGCUCUCAGUGGAAGUGGCCAUUAUGGUUAAACUUGCAGGUGAAGCAGAAGGGUCAGUGGGAAUAUCUGCACCUGUGUCCUUGCUGGAGUGGUUCGACCUUGGCAAAGAGCUGAUCCUGGUGCUGGAGAGACCUGUCCCCGCUGUGGACCUGCAAAAAUACAAAGCAGAAAAUGGAAGAACUUUAACAGAGGACAAGGCCAAGGUCAUUCUGAAGCAACUAGUUGAUGCUGUAAAGGAACUUGAGGAUAAACACAUCUUUCAUCGGGACAUCAAGGGACAAAACAUUCUGAUUGAGACCGGCUCAGAUGUGCCUCGUGUUCGCAUCAUUGACUUUGGACUGAGCUGCUUUGUUAAACAGCGAUCUCUGUAUCGCAUCUUCUAUGGCACUCCUCUUCACAUCCCUCCCGAGUGGUACAUUAGGAGCUGCUACAGGUGUGGACCCACCACGGUGUGGCAAAUGGGAGUGGUGUUGUAUGAAGCGCUUCAUGCACAAUACUUUAGUACCGCGAGGUUCCUCACAAAGAAACUGAGCAUCAAAAAGCGUCUGUCCACAGAAUGCCGCAAUUUCUUGGACGCAUGUUUAGCUAUAGUCCCGGAGAAGCGCCCAACACUGGAGGAGCUCCAGCUUCACCCCUGGCUAAGAUAACACACACAAACACACAAUUCACACCUUAUCAUAUAAGUAUGAUACAUUGUAGUAACUUUCUUUC